CAUACAUUCACAUUCAUAUACAUACUCCAACUUCGUACACUUGACGGGUUUGUUUUGAUAAAGGGGUUACAAUUGCGUUCGCGUCGCAUUGGACACUAUCUAUUUUCUAUUCCCUACAUUCCUCUCCUCGAUCCUCGCGCAUCUACACUCACCACACGAGACGAGUCUUGCGACAUCCAACCUACACUACAACCACUCUUCUACGCUCCUGCGAAACAAUCACACCGCUGCAAUGUCAAUCAACGGCCCCUCCCCCCUCCCCCCAACAACUCUAACAAGCAAUACCCCCAUCCCCCAAUCCACCGCAAGCGCCUACCUCUCCGCGUACCUCGACCGCGCCUCUACAGACCCCGCGCUCCAGCCCAACGCCAGCAUCAGCGAGCAUGGCCCCGUCAGCCGCACGACAGCCUCCGCACCAAACCUCAUCCUGCAUAAUCUCAAGCGCGUGCAGGCGGGGCUUGCGGGAGAGGUUCUUGGGCGGGAUUUGACGAUGAUUAGGAUGGAGCCGGAGCCCGAGAAUGGAGAGGGGGUUUAUGAGGCAGGGCAGGAGCAGGAGAGGGUUGUUGAGGAGAAGGAGAAGCCUGUUGAUAUGGAGAUGAUGGAGAUGGAUGGGGAGGGCGAGGGAGUUGAUAAGGAGGAGAGAAAGAGGAAGAAGAAGGAGAGGAGGUUGGCAGAGAAAAAGGCUAAGGCUAGGGGUUGAUUUGCUUAUUGGGGGGGAGAAGUUGCAUUGCGAUUACGAUUGUUUGGCAUGGGUCUGCUUUACUGGCGCACGGAUAGAGGAGUUUGUAUCAUAAAUCAAAAGUUCAUUCUUCACAGCUAUUCAACCCCUGUAUCAACACCUGAAUCCUUACAGCUCCCGGUCACCAGCCUUAACAGGCUCCUCACUAUCCUCCGACUUGAGGUCCGUGACCUUUCCACCCGUCCAGCCAAGCGCCUGGAGACGCUCGGAAAGGAUAGGGUGGGAGUAGUGGUAGCUAGCGUACAUCCAGUCCGCGUCCAUGGUGCUCAAGUUCUGGAUCUGCAACUUGAGCAGGGACUUGGCGAGUUGCU